AUGUCAUCAUCAUCACCACCCUCCUCACUAUUAAAUAAUAAAAAACCAAUACGUGAAUUAAGUUCAAUAACAAAUCAUUUGUUAUUGACAAAAACUUUGAAUGCACUUGUAAAUAAUAAUAAUAAUAAUAAUAAUUCACAAAUGCCAAUACCAGCUCCUCCACCGUCGACAUCAUCAAUAAAAGAAAACAUUCCCAAUGAUCCAAAUUUAAUUCAACAACAAAAAGCACUGAAUCUUCGUUUAGCUGCUGCAUUGAAACCAGUCGAUAGAGAUAAUGUUGCAGCAUUACUACAAUUUUAUCAAACAUUAGCUAACAACAACAACAACAAUAAUACGAAUACUAAUACUAAUAACAAUUCACAUAAUAACACUCAAAAUAGUUCAUCGUUUAUUGAUAAUUCAUCUUUACUUAACAGUUCUAAUUUGAAUAAUUUAUCGAUUUUGAAAGCCCAAAGUGCAGCUAAAAGAUGCACAUCGAUGGCGUACUUAUGCCGAUUUAAUCAACGAAAUCGUUUAAUCGAAGUACCAACAUCAAGUGAAUAUUACAGUCAACAAAAUGGUAUUGCGCACGAACAUUUGAAACAAUUAAUCAUUCAAGAAUUUCAAAUACCAAAAUCAUCUUUAAUUAUUCAAAUAUGGAAUGAACAAUAUCAAGAGUAUAUUGACAUAGAAUCCUAUAAGAAACUUCCAUUCGAAGGGCGUCUUCAAGUAUUGAUUGAGAAAGAGGUAAAUUCAACUGGGAAUUCACCAUCAGUAACAUCAAAAAGUCCAACAACACCAAUAUUUUCAACAACAAUUCCAACAAUGGUUCGCUCAAUUACACCCAUACCGCUACAACCAUCACUUAGUGACAAUCACCGAGAUGAAGAUUUGCCAUCAAAGUCCUAUGAGGAACCUGGUAUCACGGUUUCACCAAUGCAUCAAAUUGACAAUUUAAAUGGUAGUCAACACAAUAUAAUGUAUGAUUUAUUACCGAAACCAAGCGAUGGAAUCCCAAUUCCACGAUUCCCACCGCAUAUAGCUGCAUUCUUGAAUGGUAAUGGUGAUGCUAAUCAGUUGAAUGCUCUUGUUCAAGCGCUCUAUCAAGAAAUUGUCAAAUAUGAACUUUAUCCAAAUGCUGACGAAUUACGUUCGAUUGUCAGUCGUCUUGUUGAUCGACACCCUAAUAGUAUUUCUGUUAUCGGCAGUAUUGAGUUAUUAGUAAGAAAAUUAUACUAUAAGUUUUGUAAUGAACGGAAAAAGUAUCCUGUGGAAUUGAAACGGCGGCAACCAAAUAAACGUAAACGACUAACACGUGAAGAUGAUUCGGUGAUGAGCAAUGUACAACAAGGAAGAAAUAGUAAUACAAUACAUGAUCUUGAUCGUCUUAUGCAUUUAUGGACAACAACAAAUGAAUAUAAAGAUUCAACUCCUAAUGAAAAUAUUCAUCAGCAACAACAUUCACCCUCAGGUUCUUCUGGUUCAUCAUCGCCAGUUUCAAAUCACAAUGCUAAUGAUAAUCGGGAACAAUGGGAAGGAUGUCAAAAGUAUCAUCCAUUGAACCUAUCCAUUGGAAGUCAUAAUAAUAAUAAUCUUAUGUGCACUGAAUAA